AUUCCCUCACCUUCCGUACAUUCACAUACACAUUCACAUUCUCUCUCUCACUCACACACAAACCCACACACACACAUACUACUGUAUAUUCUUAUUCUGUGUAUUUCUUUCUUUUGUGAAUUGUGAACAAAGAAAGAUUUGGAAGAAAAAUGACAGACACCACAGACGACAUAGCGGAGGAAAUAUCGUUCCAGAGCUUCGACGAUGACUGCAAAUUACUAUGUAGUCUGCUAAACGACGUGUUACAGAGAGAGGUUGGUACUAAAUUCAUGGACAAGCUUGAGAGGGACCGUACUCUUGCUCAGAGUGCUUGUAACUUGAGGAUGGCUGGUGUUGAAGACACUGCUCAGCUUUUGGAUAACCAGUUGGCUUCUGAGAUUUCCAAUAUGACUCUGGAAGAAGCUUUCACACUUGCUCGUGCUUUCAGUCAUUAUCUUAAUCUCAUGGGUAUUGCCGAAACCCAUCAUAGAGUUCGUAAGGCUCGAAAUGUCGCGCCUUUGUCUAAAUCUUGUGACGACAUUUUUAAUCAGCUUGUGCAGGGUGGAGUGACCCCAGAUGAGCUUUAUCAAACUGUUUGCAAACAGGAGGUGGAAAUUGUUCUUACUGCACAUCCUACACAAAUUAAUCGUCGUACUUUACAAUACAAGCACAUUAGAAUUGCUCAUCUUUUAGACUACAACGACCGACCUGAUCUGGGUGUUGAAGAUAGAGAAAUGCUGAUUGAAGAUCUGAUGAGAGAGAUAACAUCAAUCUGGCAGACAGACGAGCUUAGGCGCCACCAACCUACACCGGUUGAUGAAGCUAGGGCUGGCCUGAACAUUGUGGAGCAAUCCCUUUGGAAAGCUGUACCUCAUUAUUUACGUCGUGUCAGCAAUGCUCUAAAGAAGCAUACCGGAAGGCCUCUUCCAUUAACUUGCACCCCUAUAAAGUUUGGGUCUUGGAUGGGGGGUGAUAGAGAUGGAAAUCCAAAUGUAACUGCAAAGGUCACAAGAGAUGUAUCUCUUUUAUCUCGGUGGAUGGCGAUUGACCUCUACAUUCGUGAAGUUGACAGCCUCAGAUUUGAACUAUCCAUGAAUCGGUGUAGUGAUCGAUUGUCAAAACUGGCAAAUGAAAUUCUAGAAGAAACUUCAUCUGAUGAUCGGCAUGAAAGUUGGAAUCAAUCUCUGAGCAGAAGUCAAAUGAAGCUUCAUAGCCAACAAGCUCCAGCCCUUCCAACUCAACUUCCACCUAGAGCUGAUCUACCCUCUUGCACCGAAUGCAGUGAUGGUGGAUCUCAGUAUCCUAGACUAGUAUUGCCCGGCACCGAUUACAAGCUGUUGAAUCGUCAGGAUGGUCAGGGUUCUAGUUUGGAUUCUUCGUUUCAGAAUUCGAGUCCUAAUCUGCGCAUGUCAUUACCAAAUGGAAAUCCUGCUAAUUCUAGCAGUGCACAUUCUGUUGUGACACCACGAUCCACUUCUUUUAACUCUAGCCAACUCCUUGCUCAGAGGAAAAUAUUUGCAGAAUCACAGAUGGGCAGGUCCAGCUUCCAGAAGCUUUUAGAACCAAGAGCCUCUCAAAGUCCUGGAAUUGCUCCUUAUAGAGUUGUUCUUGGAAAUGUAAAAGAUAAGCUUAUGAAGACACAAAGACGUUUGGAGCUUCUUCUUGAGGAUCUUCCUUGUGAAUAUGAUCCAUGGGACUACUAUGAAACCUCAGAUCAAAUUUUAGAACCUCUGCUUCUGUGUUAUGACUCUUUGCAAUCAUGUGGAUCUGGGAUGCUAGCUGAUGGUCGGUUUGCUGACCUAAUCCGAAGAGUUACUACUUUUGGGAUGGGAUUGAUGAAGCUCGACUUGCGUCAGGAAUCUGGUAGACAUGCUGAUACAUUAGAUGCAAUUAUCAGAUAUUUGGAUAUGGGCACAUAUAGUGAGUGGGAUGAAGAAAAGAAACUGGAAUUUUUAACUAAAGAGCUGAAAGGAAAGAGGCCACUAGUUCCCUCAAGUAUUGAGGUUGCUCCAGAUGUUAAAGAAGUCCUGGACACAUUCCGUGUAGCUGCUGAGCUAGGGAGUGAUUCACUUGGAGCCUAUGUGAUUUCUAUGGCUUCAAAUGCAAGUGAUGUCCUUGCCGUUGAGCUGCUGCAGAAAGAUGCAAGACUUGCUGUAAGUGGGGAAUUGGGAAGACCUUGUCCUGGUGGAACGCUGCGGGUGGUUCCUUUAUUUGAAACUGUGAAGGACUUGAGAGCUGCUGGAUCGGUUAUUAGGAAAUUAUUAUCAAUCAAUUGGUACCGUGAACACAUCAUAAAGAAUCAUAACGGUCAUCAAGAGGUUAUGGUUGGUUACUCUGAUUCUGGUAAAGAUGCUGGGCGUUUCACUGCGGCAUGGGAACUUUACAAAGCCCAAGAAGAUGUUGUGGCAGCAUGCAAUGAGUAUGGUAUUAAAGUUACUCUCUUUCAUGGGCGUGGAGGGAGUAUCGGUCGUGGUGGUGGCCCAACAUAUCUUGCCAUUCAAUCCCAACCACCUGGCUCUGUAAUGGGUAGUCUUCGGUCAACUGAGCAAGGAGAAAUGGUACAGGCUAAGUUUGGGCUGCCACAGACAGCUGUUAGACAGCUGGAGAUAUACACAACAGCUGUGCUGCUUGCAACCCUACGCCCCCCACAGCCACCUCGAGAAGAAAAAUGGAGAAAUCUGAUGGAGGAGAUGUCAAAAAUUAGUUGCCAGAAUUAUCGAAGUGUAGUGUAUGAAAAUCCAGAAUUCCUUGCCUAUUUCCAUGAGGCUACACCUCAAGCUGAGCUUGGUUUCCUAAACAUAGGAAGCCGUCCAACAAGAAGAAAGAGCUCUACAGGUAUUGGACAUCUUCGUGCCAUACCAUGGGUUUUUGCAUGGACCCAAACCAGAUUCGUUCUUCCAGCUUGGCUUGGAGUUGGUGCAGGGCUGCAGGGUGUUUGUGAGAAGGGCCAUACUGAUGACCUAAAAGCAAUGUACAAAGAAUGGCCUUUCUUCCAAUCUACCAUAGACCUUAUAGAGAUGGUUUUAGGGAAAGCAGACAUUCCUAUAGCCAAGCACUAUGAUGAAGUCCUUGUGUCGGAGAGUAGGCGAGAACUUGGUUCCAAACUAAGGAGGGAGCUUUUGGCAGCAGGGAAGUACGUGCUGGUGAUUAGUGGGCAUGAAAAACUGUCUGAGAAUAAUCGGAUCUUGAGGAGGCUGAUAGAGAGCAGACUUCCCUAUCUCAAUCCCAUAAACAUGUUGCAGGUGGAGAUACUAAAAAGGUUGAGAUGUGAUGAUGCUAAUCAUAAACUAAGAGAUGCAUUGCUUAUCACUAUAAAUGGUAUUGCAGCGGGGAUGAGGAACACAGGUUAAACAAGGCCUCUCUCAAGCUCUUGGAUAUACAACUAGUCAACUAAAACACUUUCGCCUUUUUCGUAUUUUGUUUGUAUCUGAAAGAGGCUGUUAUUUGAUGGCAGAAUUAAAUAGGCAUCAUAUCUGUAUUUGUGAUUAGCUUUUGCUGAAUUUACACUGAAUUUGGUCACUUUAUUGGUGAAAGGUGUUAUUAUCUCUUGCAAUGGGUUUACUCUGGAUUAUGCUA